UUUAUCUUAAUAAACGGCCACUAAAAAUAACUGUUCACCUAAAUAGAUCAAAUCUUUUUCUUCACAUUUUAGUUAAAAAUUUUAUUCAAAAAAUGUAUAUCCCUCCACCACCACCACAAAAUACUACUUCAAACACCAAUUUAAAUUCAAUUAAUGUCAAUCCACCAAUUGAAUUAUUAGUCGAUGAAUUAUAUAAAUGUGCCCAUCCACCCCCUUCUUACAGUAAAGCUACAAGAAAUAACAACAAUUUAUCUACAAUUAGAAGGGCAUUAUCUGAAAAUCAACCAAGAGAAUUUACGUUUAUUUCUCCAUUUGGAGGUUCUUUAUGUAGAAUAUUUCCUUCUUUAUCAACAACAAAUAAUCCUCCAACAGAAGAAUCACCUCCAGUUUAUACUAGAAAUGUUUCAGAAAUUGAUACAAGGGAAUUUAAUUCAAAUAAUACAAAUUAUUGUUGUUGUAGAAGUAAAUAUAAAUUAAUUUUAAUUAAAAAAUCAUUUUAA